AUGGAGGAGAGAGUGGAGCGAGUGCUGUCCCCGCGCCUGCAGCUUGAAGUCAGCUGCGCUGAGGUGUAUCAGUACAACACCCAGGCCUGGAGGCUCGAUGUGGACAGGAUGCGCGCCAAGCAUGGGGGCGACGACGGCAUUGCACUGUACUACAAACACCAGGGUCCGAAGGCCUCCUGUUUCCUGUACAAACCCCCGGAGACGGAGAACCUGAUGGUGAACAAGACAGUGAGGACAUGCUGUGAGGGUUGGGGAGGACCACGCUGCUCUGAGGGUGUGGGCGUGCGUGGCCGGUGUUUCUCUACGUGGAGUUGUGAGGACUUCCCUGGAGUUCAUAACUCUUCUCUCAUGCCGAUGGAGCAGUGCUGCAGCACUUUAUGGGGGCUGAGCUGGAAGAACGCCUCGGACCAGACCUGCCUGUCCUGCUCCUACACUCUUCUUCCGGACUCCCAGUCCUCCCCUUUGGUGCGCGGCGGGCUGCUGGGGAGCGUCAGGGCACCUCAGAGCUCGGCCACAUGCAUGUCCUGGGGUGGAGCCCACUACCGCACUUUUGACAGGAAGCACUUCCACUUCCAGGGCAGCUGCACUUACCUGCUGGCCUCAUCCACUGACGGCACCUGGGCAGUCUACAUCACUACGGUCUGUGACGGGAGAGGAGACUGCAGCAAGGCUUUGAGGAUGAUGUUUGGUCUCGAUUUGGUUUCAAUUCAACACAAGAACUUAACGCUGAACAGCCUCAGUGUUCCAAAUGGAAAAGCACUCUUUGAAAAUGGAGUGAGUGUUCACUGGCUGGGGGACUUUGUGUUUGUGGAGAGCGGCCUUGGAGUAAGAGUGAAGUUUGACCUGACCAACACCGUCUACCUGACGGUGACCGGCGAGCACCUGGCAGCCACCAGGGGCCUGUGUGGAGUCUACGACAACAGCGCCGACGACGACUUCACCACGAUGGGCGGAGCUGUGUCCCAGUUCGCCGCCAGCUUCGGCAACUCGUGGAAAGUUCCAGACCAGCAAAACGAAGGCUGCAGCGACGCGGCCGAGCUCGGCCACAGCUGCGACGUCUCGGGAGACGAGGUCCUACAAGGGCGGGCGGAGUCAGUGUGUCGACGCCUGCUGGAAGACCCCUUCACACACUGCCACCAGCGGUUGGAGCCAGCAGCGUAUAUGGACACUUGUCUCUACCUGUACUGCAGCCUCCCACCCAAGGACCGGGAUUCAGCAGUGUGCGACACCCUGGCCAGCUACGCCCGAGAGUGUGCUCAGCUACAUGUCAUCAUAGUGUGGAGGACAAACACGCUGUGUGGUCGCGUCUGUCCCAGAGGUCAGGUGUUCUCAGACUGUGUGUCCUCCUGUUCCCCCAGCUGUGCGUCUCCCCAGCCACCCGGGCCAGCUGCAGCCAUGGGCCAGUGCAGGGAGGAGUGUGUGGGUGGCUGCGAGUGUCCCCGAGACCUUUACCUCCACCAGGGCCUCUGUUUAACAAGAGACAAAUGUCCAUGUUUCCAUCGAAGACGCACCUACCAGUCAGGGGAAAGGAUACAGCAGAGAUGCAACACCUGUCUGUGCAGAGCAGGCCAAUGGCAGUGUACUGGAGAGAAGUGUGCAGCUCAGUGUAGCCUGAUAGGGGCGCUACAGGUGACCACGUUUGACAAAAAAAGGUACUCACUGCAGGGAGGAGACUGUUCCUACACUGCUGUGGAGGACUUCAUUGACAGGAAGCUGGUGGUGAGUGUGCGCUGCGGGCUGUGUACAGCGGGAGGAGGAGGUGGGGGAGGAGGUCUUGGUUGUCUAAGGGAGAUGUCAGUCACAGCACUCCGCACCACUGUCACCAUCACAGACACCGGUACGGUGAUGCUGAAUGGCCUGAGGGAACCACUGCCUGUCAUCACGGGGGACCUGGUUGUGCGUAGGGUCUCCUCCUCAUUUCUCCUCAUCCAGGCUUUCGGGGCUCAGCUGCUGUGGCACUUAGAUGGACCUUUGGCCCUCAUCACCCUGCAGCCUGGCUUUGCAAACAAGGUUCGCGGCCUUUGUGGAACGCUUACCUGGAACCAGCACGAUGACUUCCUUACCCCGCAAGGAGAUGUGGAGAACAGUGUGUCGUUGUUUGCGAGCAAAUUCACGACAGAGCAUUGUGCUCCACCUAGAGGGGCUCUACCUGACCCCUGCACCACGUUCACCCAGAGGAGGCAGUAUGCGGAGACAGUGUGCUCCGUCAUACACAGCCCCGUCUUUCAGGCGUGUCAUGACAUGGUGGAGAGGGAGCCCUUUUUCCGUCUCUGUCUUUCGGAGGUUUGUAGCUGUACUCCGCAGAGGUCCUGUCACUGCACCAUCCUCACUGCCUACGGCCGACAAUGCGCUCAGGAGGGUGUCACAGUACACUGGCGCAAUCAAACAUUCUGCGCGGUCCAGUGUUCAGGAGGUCAAGUGUACCAGGAAUGUGGUGGCACAUGCGGUGGCUCCUGUUUCGACUCAAGGAGCUGCGAUGCUGCUGGCGGGGGGACGGGUCUCAGGCUGUGUGUUCCGGGUUGCCAGUGCCCACUCGGGCUAGUGCAGGACCACCAGGGCCAGUGUGUGCCCAUCAAUAUGUGCCCCUGUGUGGAAGGAGACAAGACAUACCAGCCUGGGGCCCGGAUCCAGAACAACUGUAACACCUGUGUGUGUGAGCGCGGGUUGUUUAACUGCACUCAGGAGCGCUGUGAGGAGGUGACCCGGUGCCCAGGCCAUCUAGUCUACUCUCCACGCUCCUGCCUCCCCACCUGCUCCAGCCUGGAUCAACAGCAGGGGUCGGGUGUGGCACAUGAGAGCUGCAGAGAGGCCCUGUCCGCCUGCGUCUGUCCCCGGGGAACUGUGCUGCUAGAUGAUCGCUGUGUUCUUCCAGAGGACUGCCCGUGUCACCACAAUGGUCGGCUUUACUUCAGCAACGAGACCAUUACCAAAGACUGCAACACAUGUGUGUGUAAGGAGCGGCGCUGGCACUGCAGCCAGUCGGCCUGCACCGGUGUGUGCGUGGCGACGGGCGACCCGCAUUACGUCACGUUUGAUGGCCGCUGUUACUCUUUCCUGGGCGACUGCCAGUACGUGCUGGCGGAGGAGACCAACGGUUUGUUCAGCGUGAUGGCAGAAAACGUGCCAUGCGGCAGCACCGGGGUCACCUGCACAAAGUCAGUGACCCUCAGCCUGGGAAAUACUGUCAUACAUCUGCUGAGAGGUAAAGCUGUGGCAGUAAAUGGGAUGCCAGUUAGUCUACCAAAGUCCUACAGUGGCAGUGGUCUGACUUUGGAGAGAGUCGGCCUGUUUGUCUCCCUUUCCUCCCAACUAGGGGUCACUCUGCUAUGGGAUGGAGGUAUGCGCGUGUACGUGCGGCUGGCGGCCCACCUGCGGGGCAGGGUCAGGGGCCUAUGUGGUAACUUUGAUGGGGACACAGAGAACGACUUCACUACCCGGCAGGGCAUCGCGGAGUCAACCGCCGAGCUGUUUGGUAACUCCUGGAAGGUCAGCCCCUCCUGCCCUGACGUGGCAGACCAGGACCUCCGGGACCCUUGUGCUAUUAACACCCACAGGGUGCCCUGGGCCAGGAAAAGGUGUGCAGUCCUGACUCAGGAGCUCUUUUCUCAGUGCCACCCCGAGGUGCCCUUCCAGCAGUACUACGACUGGUGUGUCUACGAUGCUUGUGGCUGUGACUCAGGUGGGGACUGUGAGUGUCUCUGCACAGCCAUUGCGGCCUAUGCCGAAGAGUGUAACCACAGAGGGGUCUACAUCCGCUGGAGGUCCCAAGAACUCUGUCCUAUGCAGUGUGAUAACGGGCUGGUGUACGACCCCUGUGGUCCAGCUUGCUCUCACUCAUGUCCCAGUGUUCAGCCGAGUCCACACUCCCAGUGUGGCGCUCUCUCCUGCGUGGAGGGCUGCUUUUGCCCAGCCGGCACCGUCCGACACGGGGACAGCUGUGUAGUUAUCAUCCAGUGUCCAUGUGAGUGGGAGGGCUCCAUGUUUCCACCUGGAACAGUCAUCACUCAACACUGCCAAAACUGUUCUUGUGAGGUUGGCGUGUGGCAGUGCAGGGGUGUGGCCUGCCCUCCCGCGCCCCCUCCCUGUCUAGAUUCAGAGUAUACCUGUGCUGGGGGGCGCUGCAUCCCCAUCCAGUGGGUGUGUGACAACGAGGAAGAUUGUGGCGAUGGUUCGGAUGAGAUCUGCCCGUCCACCUGCCCCCCAGACAACUUCCAAUGUACCAGCACGCCGAGUGGACCAUGUCUGAACCUGGCUCUGCGUUGUGACGGACACCCAGACUGUUCUGACCAAUCAGAUGAGGAGUUCUGCGGCCCUACCACCCCCACACCCCUGUGCCCGCCCGGGGAAUUUCAGUGUGCCAAUGGAAAGUGUCUGCCAGCCAGCCGAGUGUGUGACGGGCGUCUGGACUGUGGCUUUGCUGACGGUUCUGACGAGCAGGACUGCAGUGUGGUCUGUGAUGAGGGGGAAUUCCUGUGUUCUGGAGGACGUUGCAUUCUGUACCUCCACCGCUGCGACGGACACGAUGACUGCGGAGACCUCAGUGACGAGAGAGGGUGUGUGUGUGCAGCUGGGGAGUUUCAGUGCCCUGGGGAUCAGUGUGUCCCUGUAGACACAGUAUGUGAUGGACACAGAGACUGCCCCUCUGGAACAGACGAAGCUAUCUGUCCUAGUAGAGUGACCUGCGCUCCCGACCAGUUUGCCUGUAGUGAUGGAACAUGUGUGGCCACUACUAAAGUGUGUGAUGGAACGUUGGACUGUGGAGGCGGAGAAGAUGAGAACAGAACCAACUGCUACAUAACCCCGUCACCCUCCCCCGUCUCCUGGACUACUCCCACUUCAGCCUGUAGGUCCUAUGAGUUAAGCUGUGCCACUGGUGGCCAGUGUGUGCCUCAGGCCUGGCGCUGUGAUGGGGAAACAGACUGUAUGGACGGUAGCGACGAGCAGCAGUGCACGGCCCCCUGUGGCCCUGUCCUGGUGCCCUGUCUCAGCGGGGACCAGUGUGUAGACUACCAGCAGCUAUGUGAUGGGAUCCUACACUGCAGGGAUGCCUCAGACGAAAGCAUCGACAACUGUGGUUCUAUUCGGAUACCGCCAUGCCCAGGCAGCUUCCUGUGCGACAACCGCACCUGUGUGAACAUGUCACAAGUGUGCAACGGCGUUCAGGACUGUCCACAGGGUGAAGAUGAGUUUGUGUGUGAUAAAACCGUCUCACCAGAACUCCCUGGCAGUAGGAACACCACUCUCAUCUGCCCUGAAUUUACCUGUACGGACGGAUCCUGUGUCCCCUUUAAUAUGGUGUGUAAUGGUGUGGUAGACUGCCCAAACUCCUCACAAUCACCACUUGGAGGCCCCACUGAUGAGCAGGGCUGUAGAACCUGGAGCUCCUGGGGUCUGUGGACCCCCUGCAGCACCUCCUGUGGUACAGGCUCCAGGAGCCGGCAGAGAACCUGUCCCGCAGGAGAUCCGCUGAGUCACUGUAAGGGACAGGAAUCCCAGAGGCAGCAGUGCUUCAACACCACCUGUCCUGUGGAUGGUCUGUGGCUGCCGUGGGUGAGCUGGGCCAACUGCUCCAGCGGUUGCGGUGGCGUGCAGGUCCGACACAGAGGCUGCAUCCCCCCCCUCUACGGGGGCCGAGACUGUUUCCAGCUCCCCGGGCCGUCCAACCUGCCUACAGAGAUCAAGCCCUGUCCUGAUGAUGGAUGUGCCAACACCACCUGUCCCACUGGGCUGGUGAGACACAGCUGUGCUCCCUGCCCAGUGUCUUGUGCCCACAUCAGCAGUGGGACGAGCUGUGAUGCAAAGGCCCCCUGCUACUCAGGUUGCUGGUGUCCGGAGGGCCAGGUGAUGAGUCAUACGCAACAGUGUGUGUCACCAGAGGAGUGUGUGUGUGAGGCUGCAGGCGUGCGCUACUGGCCGGGCCAGCAGAUCAAGAUAGAUUGUGAGAUUUGUGUCUGUGAGAGAGGAAGGACGCAAAGGUGCCAGCCUAACCCAGACUGCUCAGUGCACUGUGGCUGGUCGUCAUGGACUGAGUGGGGAGAGUGUUUGGGGCCCUGCGGGGUUCAGAGUGUCCAGUGGUCCUUCCGGAGCCCAAACAACCCAAUCAAGCAUGGCGACGGGAGAGCGUGCAGGGGAAUAUACAGGAAAGCCCGCCGGUGCCAGACCAACCCCUGUAAUGAGUGUGAGUACCAAGGUCGGUCCCAUGCUGUCGGAGACAGAUGGAGGUCAGACCACUGCCAGGUUUGUCACUGUCUGCCCAACUCGACAGUGCAGUGUUCCCUCUACUGUCCCCACGCUGUCAGUGGAUGUCCACAGGGCCAAAGUCUGGUGCAUGUAGAAGGAGACAGGUGUUGCUACUGCCAAGGUGACUGUUGGUAUCCUCUGGGUGUCCAGACUCUCCCAGACUCCAGUUUCAGUGCCUCAUCACAGCAGCCUGGUCACCCCCCGCAGGUAGGCCGGCUGCAUUGGAGGGACCCCCAUAGAGACCUCCAGGGUUGGAGUCCAGAACCAGACGAGUAUAAGGACCUACCACAGCGGAGCCCCGAGGCACAGACAAGCAACACCCAGAGCCCAUACCUACAGAUGGACCUGCUGAAGGCAUACAACAUCACAGGUGUCCUUACCCAGGGUGGUGGUGCGUUCGGCACAUUUGUCUCCAGCUUCUACCUCCAGUUUAGCCGGGAUGGCAGACAAUGGUACACCUACAAAGAGCUUAUUACUGACGCCCGGCCCAGAGCCAAGGUUUUUUAUGGUAACCAUGAUGACGGGGGGGUGGCAGAGAUCCGACUGGACAGGACGGUGGUGGCUCAAUUUGUCCGCCUGCUGCCACAUGACUUCCAGAAUGGCAUCUACCUCCGACUUGAGAUUAUGGGCUGCGGGGAUGGUAAACAACCAUCAACUACAACCAUCAGUCCACGCCGCUGCCCAUAUGGUCAGUUCUCCUGCCCCCCACCAGGGGGCUGCAUCAACGCAGGGCUCCGCUGUGAUGGAAUCCCCCACUGUCCAAAAGGGGAGGAUGAAACUGGAUGCCAUGACAUCACCACCGAGUCAGACAGACUAUACACACCCACCCCUGCACCCCUCAGGACACCACCUAAGACUGCUGUCACAGCCACAUCAAUGGUUGGUACCCCAGGAUAUCGUGCCAUCUGCUCCUCUCCGCUCGGAUUGGAGGAUGGGAGAAUUCGAUACGGUCAGCUGACGUCGUCCUCGCACCGCGAGAACAAUCCUGCUGAUGCUGGACGACUGAACAUCGUCCCUAACGUUCAGGUUAUGGAGCCUGGAUGGAGCCCCUUACCUGCAGAUCCUCAGCCCUUUUUCCAGGUGGACUUCUUGGAGCCCACGUGGGUGUCAGGGGUGGUGACCCAGGGCGGGGAGCGCAUGUGGGGUUACCUCACCAAAUACCGCCUGGCCUUUGCCCUGCACAGCAGCCUCUUCACAGACUAUACCGACAAUAGGAACCCUGGCGGCCCUGCUAAGGUUUUUGAGGUACGGAUGGCAGGCAGGAUCCCAGUGACCCGCUGGCUCGGUCGGAUGGUCAGUGCUCGCUACCUGCGAAUCAUCCCUGUGGAGUUCAGACACACCUUCUACCUGCGUGUGGAGAUCCUCGGCUGCAGAGCAGAUGAGCUGGUGACCCCGAGCAGCCUGACCAUGUCCCCCUCUGCUGGCGGGAAAGUGACGGUGCAGCGCUGUGGCCCAGGCCUGUUUGCAUGCCAGCAAAGUGAAGAGUGUGUCUCAGAUACCAAGCUUUGUGAUGGUCGGGCGGACUGCAAGGAUUACUCUGAUGAAAUCAACUGUGGUUUUCCUGGGCUGCAAAAUCAGACCACGGGGGGGAGCAGGUUUUCAUGGUACCGGUAUCUACAGGCGCCUCAGGCCCUCCAGACCAUCAGGUCUCAAGGCGGCCUUCCCCGCAUGGCUACCCCCGGAGUCACAGGUCAAACUUCACCCCAAAAGACAAUGACCUCAAGUACAGGGGUCACUACAGGUCAACCAGGACUUCAUCCCACCACAACCCGUCAUUCUGGAAAACCUGGGUUGCAAACCACUCCAGCCCUGCGAGACGCUACAACUCCGUAUGACGGAGGCCGACCCCGAGUGCUUUGCGUGGAGGGCCAGUUUGCGUGCCGAACAUUUGGCUGUAUCAACUUGGUACAGGUGUGUGAUGGCGGACGGGACUGUUUGGACGGGUCGGACGAGGAACACUGUGGCACCACCCCCCAUGUACCCAGCCCCUGCUCUCCCAAGCAGUUCUCUUGUGAUAGUGGUGAGUGCGUUCACCUCGACCGCAGAUGUGACCUGCAGAAGGACUGUGUGGACGGAUCGGACGAGAGAGAUUGUGUGGACUGCAUCAUGUCCCCUUGGACAGCAUGGAGCGCAUGCAGUGUGUCCUGUGGUCUGGGCUCCUUGUUUCGGCAGAGGGACAUACUGAGGGAGGCUCUGCCCGGAGGGAGCUGCGGUGGAGCUCAGUUUGACAGUCGAGCCUGUUUCCCUCGAGCUUGUCCAGUCGAUGGUCACUGGUCCCAGUGGACCGAGUGGUCGCUUUGUGACACUCAGUGUGGAGGCGGUGUCAGAAGGAGGAACAGAACCUGCUCUGCUCCUCCCCCCAAGAACGGUGGGCGGGACUGUGAGGGCAUGACCCUGCAGAGCCAGAGCUGCAACAGCAAGCCCUGCACCGAAGAGUCCGAGACGCAGACAGGCUGUGUCAACGGCAUGGUUCUGGUGACUGAGAGGGACUGCACAGCCGGUGGGGUCCAGCCGUGUCCUCCUACCUGCUCACAUCUCAGCAUGACUAGCAACUGCACUGCAGCAUGUAUACCAGGGUGCCGAUGUGCCGAUGGUCUCUACCUUCAGGAGGGCCGAUGUGUGAAUGGCAGCCAAUGCGUCUGUCUCUGGGACGGUCAAACGCUACAGCCAGGAGAGACAGUCAGCAAGGACCAGUGUGCCAUAUGCGUGUGCAUGGACGGGCAAGUUACCUGUGACACCUCCCUUUGUGUGGCCACCUGUCAAUGGUCAGCCUGGUCGUCAUGGUCACCUUGUGAUGUAACCUGUGGUCUGGGACUCCAGCAACGCUACAGGUCGCCAUUGAACCCAGCUGGAGCCAUAAGAAUCCAGCCCUGUGCAGGAGACUCCUCGGAGGCCCGCCGCUGCUCCGGCUCCUGUUUCCCUGUGCUGCCAGAUGGAGUUUGGGGCAAAUGGACCAGUUGGUCAGAGUGCAGCAAGACGUGUUUCAACCACGUAGAUGAUGUUGGAAUCAGGCUACGAUUCCGCAGCUGCAACCACACGCUCACAGCCUUUAACGGCACGGUGGAGGACUCGGCCUGUGAUGGAGACGGCGAGGAUCAAGAGCCUUGUAACACUGUCCACUGUCCAGUGAACGGCGGCUGGUCAGCGUGGUCAUCCUGGUCUCAAUGUUCGUCAGAGUGCGACUCCGGCGUCCAAACGAGAGAGAGGUUAUGCAGUUCACCCACCCCACAGCAUGGGGGUAGCAACUGCCCCGGGCCGCACAUACAGACAGGAGACUGUAACUCACAUCCCUGUUCAGGUGUGUGUCCAGAGGGCAUGGUGCAUAUGACAUCAGCAGAGUGCGAGGCUCGAGGCGCCGCGUGUCCGCGCGUGUGUCUGGACAUGACCGCCGGAGAGGUGCAGUGUGUCACCGCCUGUUACAACGGCUGCUACUGCUCCCCGGGCCUCUACCUGCUGAAGGGCCGCUGCGUGCCCCUGGGCCGGUGCCCGUGUUACCACCAGGGGGAGUUGUAUCCAGCCGGUGCCGCGCUGCCGGUGGAUGCCUGCAAUAACUGUACCUGCACUAAUGGAGAGAUGCUGUGCGGAGCAGCUCCCUGCGUUGUGGACUGUGGCUGGAGCAGCUGGACCCAAUGGAGCACUUGCAGUCGAACAUGCGACGUUGGUGUGAGAAGACGCUAUCGUUCGGGAACCAAUCCUCCCCCAGCUUCAGGCGGCCGUCCCUGCAAAGGAGACAGAGUAGGGAUCGACAGCUGCAGCAUUAAGCCCUGCAUUGGUGUGAGGGAGCCAUGGGUUGCGUGGUCUGAGUGCUCUGUGACGUGUGGAGGAGGGUACAGGACCCGAACCCGGGGACCCAUCCGAAUCCACGGCACUGCUCAGCAGUUCAGCGCCUGUAACCUGCAGCCCUGUGGAGACGGCGGAGUGUGUCCUCCCGGCCAGCAGUGGAAGCAGUGUGUGAGGGGAGCAGUGUCAUGUGCAGACCUCACAAUGGAGCUCAGCAGAAACUGCACGCCGGGCUGUCAGUGUCCACACGGGACUAUCCAACAGGAGGGCGCGUGUGUGAGAGAGUCUGACUGCCUCUGUCACUUCGACGGAGAACAGUACAAACCAGGAGACGUCGUCCCCACAGACUGCAACAAUUGCACAUGUGAAGCGGGGAGGCUGGUUAACUGCUCUCAAGUCACCUGCAAUGUUGAUGGGCAAUGGUCAGAGUGGACUCCCUGGGGUCAGUGUUCGACUUCGUGUGGACCGGGUCUCCAGUCUCGGUACCGGUUCUGUUCCAGUCCCCAGCGCUCUGGCAGGGGCCUGCCGUGUCUGGGCCCUCACAGAGAGGACCAAGUCUGCAUCACCGUUCUGUGUGACCGUGACGCAGGCUGGGGGCCGUGGACCAACUGGACAGAGUGUACGAAAUCAUGCGGCGGAGGGGUUCGAAGCCGGAGGAGAGAGUGUAACAGCCCAAGUCCAGAGGGAAAGGGGAACUACUGCGAGGGUCUGGGAACCGCAUUCACAGCCUGUAACACUGAUCACUGUCCAGUGGCGCCAUGCUCGCGGGUGCCAGGCACCGUGUUCAGCAGUUGUGGUCCGUCCUGCCCGCGCUCCUGUGACGAUCUGGCCCACUGUGAGUGGCAAUGUGAGCCCGGAUGCUACUGUACGGGGGGGAAGGUCCUGUCUGAUCACGGGACAGCCUGCGUAGAGAAAGAAGAGUGCCCCUGCAUGGACCUUAGCACCGGACACAGGCUGCAGCCAGGGGAGACCACCGAAUCCCUUGAUGGAUGUAACAACUGCACCUGUCAGGGCGGGAGGCUCAACUGCACAAGACACCCCUGUCCAGUGUCAGGCGGCUGGUGUGAGUGGUCAGAGUGGACUCCGUGCUCGAGGACCUGUGGGGCGGAGUCGGUGUCCCGCUAUAGGAGCUGUGGCUGUCCUGAGCCUAAGUCUGGAGGAGCGCUCUGCGUUGGUGAACAGGAAACACACAAUGGGGUCGGAGCUCAAAUCCAAAGACAGCCCUGCCCUGUCAUCACCUUCUGUCCAGUCCACGGUUCGUGGAGUCCCUGGUCAGCGUGGUCGGUUUGUGACGCGUGUGCCGGGUCGUCCACACGCACCAGGAAAUGUAACAGUCCUCCUGCCAGGUUCGGCGGGCUGCCCUGUCUCGGAGAGAGCAGGCAGAUUCGCGGUUGCCAUGACAACAUCACCGUCUGCUCAGGCUGUGCUGGAGGCCAGGAAGAACGGCCUUGUGGGAAGCCCUGUCCCCGCUCCUGUUCGGAUCUCCAUGGCGACACAGAGUGUGUGGACUCCCCUGCGUGCAAACAUACCUGCGGUUGUCCGGGUGACAUGGUUCUACAGGACGGCGUGUGCGUGGUCAGAGAGGAGUGUCGCUGCAAAUACCACAACAGCUCUGCUUCUGUAAUGAGAUUCAGCGGUCUAGAUUCCAGCAAUGCAUCAUGGGUAUGGCCAGGUGGAUUUGAUUGGCAGUUUGCAAAUCCAGGAGACAGCAUCAUCAGUGACUGCAGAAACUGCUCUUGCAAAGCCGGGGUUCUGCAGUGUAAAUCCGUCCCCGGUUGCUAUGUUGACGGUGGCUGGAGCCAAUGGGGGGCCUGGACUGAUUGCUCGCUCUCUUGCGGAGGAGGGGUCAAAUUCAGGAGACGCCAGUGCGAUAACCCAUCUCCCCAGAGCAGCGGGAGGGGCUGCCUGGGAGUCGCUGAACAGCAGAUGAGCUGCAACAUGCACCUGUGCACAGACUCUGUGGGCCCCUGGCUCCCCUGGUCUCCGUGGUCUGAAUGCUCAGUCAGCUGUGGUGGAGGGCAGCAGUCUCGCUCUCGUCUCUGCAGCUCGCCACCCUGCAGCGGCCCCAGCCGCCAGAGCAAGACGUGCAACACCCAGGUCUGCCUCGAAGUGGGCUGUCCCCCAGGUAGGUUGUACCGGGAGUGUGAACGAGGCGAAGGCUGUCCGUUCAGCUGCGCUCAGGUCAGCGGAAGAGAGGGCUGCUACUCGGAUGGCUGCGAGGAAGGCUGCCACUGUCCCCCUCACACCUACCAGCACCGCGGCAUCUGCAUGCAGGAGUGUCCUUGUUUGGUGGACAAAGACUUCAUGGGCUCCCUGCAGAGUGUUUCUGUGACGCCGGUCUCAUCUCUGCUCCUCCAUAACAUCUCUGAGGGGGUAGAGGUUCAGUCUGAAGCCGCACUGACCCACGAAUGCAGCACCUGCGGCUGCAAGCAUGGCAGGUGGAACUGUUCCCUGGCACAUUGCCAGGUCAACGGAGGUCUGUCCCCCUGGGGCUCGUGGAGCCCCUGCUCGCUGUCCUGUGGUGGUCUGGGACUGAAGACUCGCUCCAAGAGCUGCACACAGCCAGCCCCGGCCCAUGGUGGAAGAAACUGCCAGGGGCCACGCCAGGAGACCACCUACUGCCAGGCGCCUGAGUGCCCAGUGAUUGUCGGCCCUACAGAAGAACCAGCUUUACCAGAUGAGGAUGCUGGCUUCUCACCAUGGUCCUCAUGGAGUCCCUGCACCAGGCCCUGCACUGAUGUCCUUAGCCCAGUGAGAAAAUCACGUCAUCGGCAGUGUGUCAGGCCCCCCUGCUUUGGAAGCUCUCACCAGGAGAAGGCUUGUAACCUGCCUCAGUGUCCAGAUGGAGACGAGGUGUGUGUGGGGGCAGACUGUACCACGAGGAACUGCUCGUGGACAGAGUGGGGGGCCUGGGGGUCCUGCUCGCGGUCCUGCGGAGUGGGUCAGCAGCAGAGGAUUCGCACCUUCCUCAGCCCGCGGACCAACGGGUCGUGGUGUGAGGACAUCUUGGGAGGACACCUGGACCAUCGUUUCUGUAACAUCAAACCCUGCCGAGUGGAUGGAGGCUGGUCCCGCUGGAGUCCCUGGUCUCGCUGUGAUAAGCACUGUGGCGGCGGGCGCUCCAUACGCACUCGCUCCUGCUCCAGCCCUCCGCCCAAGAACGGAGGGAAGAAAUGUGUAGGAGAGAAGAACCACCUCAAACCCUGCAACACCAAACCCUGUGACGAGAGAGGAUGCCCGCCGGGCCAGGUGUCGGUGCCGUGUGCCAAUGAGUGUCCACAGCGCUGCUCUGACCUCCAGCAGGGCAUCGAGUGCCAGGGGAACACCGAAUGUCAGCCUGGCUGUCGCUGCCCUAAAGGCCAGCUGCAGCAAGACGGGGUAUGUGUGCAGCAGUGGCAGUGUGACUGCGUGGACUCACUGGGACAUGUGUGGGCGGCCGGCAGUUCACAUCAAGCAGACUGUAACAACUGCAGCUGCUCCGACGGACAGCUCGUGUGCACCAAUCAGAGCUGCCAGGCCACCUGCCUCUGGAGCUCCUGGUCCAGCUGGGCGCUGUGCAGCGUCUCCUGUGGGACGGGCCAGAGAACCAGAUACAGGUCUCUGGUCCCGGACACGGAAGGAGCAGAUUGCCAGUUUGAAGAAGUCCAGCACAAACCCUGCGACCCAGGACCCUGUCCACCUCUCUGUGUCCAUGACGACCGGGAGCUUGGAGUGGGGGACACCUGGCUGCAGGGGGAGUGUAAACAGUGCACAUGCACCCCAGAGGGAGAUUACUGCCAAGACAUUGAUUGCACAGUGGACGGUGGUUGGACCCCUUGGUCAGUUUGGUCCGACUGCUCAGUGACCUGCGGACGGGGAACACAAGUCCGAACCCGAGCCUGCAUCGACCCCCCUCCGCGUAACAACGGGUCUCAGUGCGGAGGGCCGGAGCAAGAGACACAGGACUGUCUCCCUGCUCCCUGUCUGGACGACCUUUGCCCCUGGUCGCCAUGGUCACCGUGUUCUCGGAGCUGCGGCGCCGGGUCUGUGGUGCGGCGCAGGGCGUGUUUGUGCGAGGAGGGAGGAGACACAGCGUGUACCGCUGAGAUCGAGGGGGAGAGGAACAGAGAGGAGACGCAGCUGUGUUACAAGCAGCCCUGUUCAGGCUGCCCCAUGUCGGAUUGGAGCAUCUGGUCUGAGUGCUCCUGUGCAUCUCAGAGGCAGCUGCGCUACCGUGUAGCUCUCUCUCCAGCCAUCAGGGGGCAGCAGUGCACUCCUGUUGAAACACAGAGCAGGACAUGCAGUCUCAAUCCGUGUGAUGAUUGCAAAGCCCCUUUUGUGUACUCUGCAUGCGGCGUGCCGUGUGAGAAGCACUGUGCCCUGCAGGGCCGCAGGGAUCAGUGUGGAGGUGUCCGUGAGUGUACACCUGGCUGCUAUUGCCCACAGGGCCUCCUGCAGCAGAAUGGUAGCUGUGUUCCGGCAGAACAGUGUGGCUGCAUCCACCUCCAGCAGCAACCCUCAGGCCACCCGCCCACACCUGUCACUGUACCUCUAGGGGCCAUGAUCACCAUAGGCUGCAGUUCCUGCCUUUGCCAUGACGGAACUUUGCAGUGUGACACGAGAGACUGUGAAGUCAUACUCAGCGAGUGGUCCGAGUGGACUCCCUGUUCUCCCUGCGUACCAUCUUCCUCCCUGCAACUCAGCCACUCCACGGCAGGGGUCAUCAGUGCCAGUCAGAUGCUCUCAACCCAGCGGCGUUUCCGGGCCUGUUUGGACUUGUAUUCGGGUGUCCCAGUCUCUAAAGAGGAGGAGGAAAGCCAAUGUCCAGGACCUCUGGUGGAGGAGAGGCUCUGUCCAGAUUCUAACCUCUGCAGAGAUAUGUGUCAGUGGAGUGCCUGGAGCGCUUGGACAGCCUGCGCGGAGCCUUGCAGCGGGGGAGUCAGGCAGCGCUACAGACGGCCCCUGGUCUCUCCUCCAGGACCCCUCUGUCGGAGUCAACAGACACAGAGCCAGAGCUGCAACACAGGACUCUGUCCAGGUGAGCGCUGUGAGGAUAGGGGGCGGACUUACCAAGAGAGCUGUGCCAAUCAAUGUCCUCGUAGCUGCACGGACUUAUGGGAGCAUGUGCAGUGUCUGCAGGGAGCAUGUCACUCAGGUUGUCGGUGUCCGAAGGGACAGUUGCUGCAGGACGGCCUCUGCGUGCCAGUGACAGAGUGUCGCUGUGGUAUCCCAUCAGGCAACGGCACGCUGGAGUUCGACCCUAAAGAGGAGAUUUCUAUUGACUGUAACACCUGUGUGUGUGAGAACGGCACUUUGGCGUGCACCAAGCUUCAGUGCCCGGUUUAUGAGCCCUGGAGCCCAUGGAGCUCCUGCUCAGCCUCCUGUGGACACGGCCAGAUGACAAGGACACGUCUUUGCCAGGACACGGAGGGCAGCCCUUCCUGUGCUGACACCACGCAGAGGGAGAGCUGCGAUCUGCCAUCAUGUCCAGCGGGAUGUUUGUUGAAUGAGUGGUCCUCGUGGACCGAGUGCAGCGCCACCUGUGGCGGCGGGUUGACUGUACGUAACAAGACGGUCCUCAGAGAGCCAGAGCCCGGUGGGGCGGCCUGUGUUGGACCAGUUGAACAGCACACAGUGUGCAACACCAACAGCUGCCUGCCGGAGUGCCCUAGCGGGCAGGUGUUUAAUGACUGUUCAGGUUCCUGUCCGUAUACCUGUGAGGACCUGUGGCCACACACUCAGUGUUUACCUGGACCUUGCACCCCAGGGUGCAGCUGCUCUCCUGGACAGGUGUUGUAUGAAGGCUCCUGUCGGCCCCACGCCGACUGUCCCUGUUCCACGCUUUCUCUGCCGCCGGGUCACCUGCUCUGGAAUAUAAGCACUGAGGAGAUGACAGAAACUUGGCUGCCACCUGGAACGGCCGUUCAGCACUUGUGCAACACAUGCGUGUGCCAAGGAGGAGUGUUCAACUGCACCUCAGAGCUCUGUGAUGUGGACUGCGAGUGGUCCAGCUGGUCCCAGUGGACCACCUGCUCAGCGAGCUGUGGCACGGGGCAACAAAGCUCCACCAGAGUCAUCCUGCAGCCCAGCCGGUACGGAGGGGCCCCGUGCGAGGGCCCCGAGCACCGCACCAAGACCUGCCCGGCCCCCGACUGUGCGUGUCCUGACAGCGAGCAGUGGGGGAGGAGCACGUUGGAUGAGCUGACGCUGUGCGAGCGGAGCUGCUGGGACAUUUACUCCUCCUCUCUUGUCAACUGCAGCCGCUCCAGUGAGGGAUGUGUGUGUCGGGAGGGGCUUUACCGCAACCCGGGGGGCGUUUGUGUCAUCGCCGCCCUCUGUCCUUGCCAUGACCAGGGCAUCCAGCGGGAGGCGGGAGCAAAGUGGGAGGACGGCUGUCAGUCGUGUCGUUGCGUCAACGGGAAAAAAUUAUGCCAGUUAAGAUGUCCGCCACUCCACUGUGAUGAGGCGGAGGUGAAGGUGGAGGAGCCAGGUAACUGCUGUCCAGUCUGUAGGAAGCCAUUUCCAGAUGAGCCCGUGCCAGAGUGUCGGCGCUACGUGCAGGUCAAGAACAUCACCAAGGGAGACUGUCGGCUUGACAACGUGGAGGUCAGCUCCUGCAGGGGACGCUGUCUGUCCAGCACCAAUGUCAUCCUGGAGGAGCCCUACCUGCAGUCAGUGUGUGAGUGCUGCAGUUACCGUUUGGACCCGGACAACCCAGUGCGUUUCCUCAGCCUGCAGUGUGAGAGCGGGGAGAGCGAGCCGGUCGUCCUGCCUGUCAUCCACAGCUGUGAGUGCACCAGCUGCCAAGGAGGUGACCUUUCCAGACGCUAAGCGAGUGUGUCGAGUAUGUGUGUGUGUGUGUGUGUGUGUGUGUGUGUGUGUGUGUGUGUGUGUGUGUGACCUGUGUGUGUGUGAGAGUGUGAAAGUGUAAGCAAGGCAGGUGUAAAAGCUAAGUCCAGUGAGAUUUCCCCACUGAAAGGCACAUGGAAGGAUGAGAGGACAAAUGAGAUUGCUGUGGUGCUGCAUCAUCACAUGACGCUCCUCCAGAUCUUCAUUCUGAAACCUGUACAGCCUUUUUCUACUGUGUAUUUAUAGUAAUAUUAAAGGACCUGUGACUUAUUAUGCAUUUAAAUAUGUUUCAUAUGUAUAUGUUUUAAGAGAAUGUGACAGAAGUCUUCUUUAAGUGGGAGUUUACCAUGAAACUGGUUAUAUAUUCUUAACAUAUCGCAGUUGCUCAAUAAACGGUUUUCUACAUUUGGAGAACA